GGGUGGCUAUUAUUACUAGAAGCUGGCGGGUUCUGCACGGCUAUUGACCCUGAGCGCAGCCUGUAUGCCCGACUCGAUAGUGACAUGGACGACGAGGGAGAGGGCCCAGCAAGAGGAAAGGACUGGUAG